AUAAACGCCGGUCGGGAAUUAUUUCGAUACUUUUCCGUCAACGGUUCGAUAAAAAGCCGCAUAUUCGUGCGUCGAUUUUAUAAUUAUUUUUUUAUCGCGAUUCGGCUCGAUUGGAUUCAGUUCAGUGCCGGUUGGUGGACAAAUACAACGCUCCAAGAUGUCGGUUAACGUUGCCAGCGCAGCCUAUAUGGAAAGUGGUCUAAAAGGCAAAGUAGCCCUUUUCAAUCAAGUGGUCGAUAAACACAACAAUAAUCAAGCAGUCAACCCUUUUUCCCAAGCAAAAGUGGGGUUAAUGCCUAAACCUACUAUCUCCAAAGAGGAUUAUGGGAAGCCACUAAAAGGUUCUAUGUCAGAAUCUAGGGCGUACAAGGCAACAAUAGCCGUAUGCAGAGAAAUGAUGGAACUUUGUGACGUGAUAAACCAAUGUGGAGAGCCCCUAUUCACAGAAGAAGAAAUCAAAAAAGACCCUUCGAAAGCAAGCGAUCCCAGAAUCGUCAUCAGUUUCGGAGCUCUUUUUGCCAUUUACACCACUAUUUCCGAUAAAGUCGUUGGAAUGUUGCUUCGUGCCAGAAAACACAAAUUUCUGGACUUUGAAGGCGAAUGCUUGUUUCAGAGUACUCCAUGAAAAGUCACGUGACCCAAUCCACAGCGCAGCUUCUACGGUACAGUUAUGCGCAGCAAAACACUGAAAUUUAUUAUUUUUCCAUAGCGAACUAAGAUUUUAUUUAACUAUAAUAAUUACGAUGAUAAUAUUCUACAAUACCCCACAAUAACUGUAGAAAAAGUCAACGAUAAAAGUAUACAAUAACAGUCACCAAAUAUAUUUACAUUAUACCUACACAGUUGCCACGUUGACUUAUUUUCUCGGAUGAAACAUUGCCAUUUAGUAAAAUAUCAUUAUUUGUUACAGAGACGUGACGACCAUGUACCUAUAAUUCUUUUGAAGCCAAACAGAGAAAUCAGGGAGAUUUUAAACGAAAAAAUUGAAGUGGCAAAAGCUGGUUUAAGGGAAAAUGAAGAGUUGAAUGAAAGGGAGAAAUCUCCUUAUCUAUGAUCGGUGCUUUGUUUAAAACAAUUUGUUUUUACCUGCCUCUCUAACAAAAAGGACCAUUAAAUUUUUAUUUUUACCAAAUUAACCUUGUAAAUAUUUUGUAAUAAAUUCCUUAUUUAUGUAAUUAAGUUUAAGGUAGAUGUAAGUUGUACAUAGUUUUUGUAUAAGAACUGCUGGAUGGCAUUUUUAUUUAAGUUAUUUUUUGUUCGUAUUUGUCCAAAUUUCGUUGUUAAUUGACUAUUUCCAAUAAUUUAUGUUAUGCACUCAACACCUAAUUUUGUAACAAAUAAUAGAUAAUUAAAUUAAAUUCAAACGUUAUCUGUCAGUUUUAUUAAGAGUUAAUUGUUGAAAUCCUCCCCUUUU